AUGAGUGUCAAUCAGGAAGGAAGAAUGUUGUUCACUCCUCCUAUAAAUAACACAAAAUUUGAUAUAAACCAAUCUAUCAGAGAAUCUUAUCAAAGUAAUGUGGGAUCGUUGCUGGAGGAUUUACCAGAUUCUGGUAGUACUGCAUCAGGGUCCAAUGUUGAAUUAACUCGAGAGGAGAUAGAGCAGGAGAUCGGCAGUAUCCAUGAAUUACCCCUUGAAUUGUCAAAACAGAUAGAUGCAUUCAUUUAUGAUCUAAAACAACCUAAAUACAUGAAACCAUUGACAAUUAAUCAACUAGCUUCGCUUUUCCAAUCAUUCUACUCUAAGUUUGACAAGGCAUCAUUCAAUUUUCUGAUGCUUGGCAAUAGUAAUGUAAAUGGGAACCAAACGACUUAUUUGAGUGCAAGAGAGCAUUUGAGUAGUGGAUUGAGUGGCAUUUUCGCACGAAGUAGGAGCAGCAGCGGGAGUUCUAUAAAGAGAAAUAGACGAUCUUCUUCCCUGUUCAGUUCGGACUCUAAUACAGUUACGCCAAUGUUAUCUCCAGAAGAAAUUAGCAAACAACUUAGAUUGAAUGAAUUAACGAAUUUAAAAAUUGAAAGAUACAUGGAGUUUUGUGAAACAGAAGUUUUCAAUAGGCUGCUGGCAGUUGGGACCUCAGUGCCACCACCAACCAGAGAGGAAAGGUCAAAAGGGCCUAAUCAAAGGAAUGGGUUCAAGAUAACAGAUCUUUUCAAGAACAGUCCCGAAUACGGUGAAUAUGACAAAUUACUAUAUGAAAAAAUAAAAACUUUAUCAAGGCUUUCGUCUCAGGGCAAAAUUGAUUUGUCAAAAUUUUUAGGCAUACCAGAAACAGUCAAAAUUGAAAGUUUAGAUGAAAUUGAGGCUGUUUUACAGGAUUUUAUUAAUCAUACUGUUUCUCCGACCGAAAAAGUGGCGUUACUACUGAAAAUUCACGAAUAUAUGAUGUAUUCACAUGAAAUGUCCAACGAUGAAUUUUUAUCUCUGUUAAUUUACUACGUUAUUAAAGUUUGCCCACAGAAAAUAUUUCUAAAUACAGAGUUCAUCAGACUUUUCAGGUAUAAAAAGAAGCUUAUUCAAAAAGAAUUAUAUGCCUUGACAAAUCUAGAGGCUGCGCUUGUCUUUUUGGAAGGAUUAACUAUGAAUGAUUUUUCAAGCGAACUUCAAGAUCAAUUAUCUCUUCAUGAACAAACUUUAUUAGCAUCUUCAAUUAGUAAUAAAAUUAAUUUACCAAAUGGAACAGUAACUGAUAACUCAACCUCACAGCCGGAAGCACCGCAUCCCGAAGUAAUCAGAUCAAACAGCUAUGAUGGAAUUAAAAAUGUCUUUGAUUCCUCAUUGAAGAACAUUUUUGAUAAGAUAAGAUCAUAUACACCACCAGCUCCUCAGCAAAUAUCCAGAUCAACAUCACAGUUGUUUUCGGAUGGUGAUAAGAAACCUUCUACAAAAACACACACCGGCGCAACAGGUAGUACAAUUACUAGUGGGUGUACUAAUACGGUAAGUGAAACGGUGGUUCCAGAUUCCUGGAAAGUCUAUCAGCCCAAGAAAUUCGAUGAUUUAACGAUAUCUGAAUUGAGGGAAAUUUUUGAGAUAUAUCAAAAACUAAUUAAAUGA